UGGAGCUCAGGGACAAGACCUCUGCUCAAUCUGAUGGAGGGGGUUCCAGUUGAAGCUCCACAUCCAGCAGACAUGGCCCGGGCCCUGCUCCUGUUGUCUUGCUUGGCUGUGGCCCUGGCUCUGAGCCAUGGGGCCAGCUUUAGACCCCAGCAAGAGACAGCAGGGGGCUUUGUGCAGAAGGCAGAUGUCAGUGAGGAGGGUGUGCAGCAGAUGGUGGCCUUCGCCCUCAGUGUCUACAAUGCAGCCAACAAUGACCAGCAUCUCAGCCGCACGGUGCAGGUGGUCAGCGCCCAACAUCAGGUCACAGCCGGAACGAACUAUUACUUGAGCAUGGAGAUUGGCAGAACCACAUGUGCCAAGUCCCAGUCCAACCGGGCCAGCUGUCCCUUCCAACAGCAAGAUCUGCUGAAGAAUCAACGCUGCAACUUCGUGAUCUAUAACAGGCCUUGGGAGAACUACAUCUCUGUGACCAGUUUUAGCUGUCAUGAUGCCUGAGCUUCUGCUUUAGGCCAGGCCAUGCUGAGUGUCCCUUACCCCCUCCCUCUCUGUCAGGGUCCCCAACUCCUUGGUGCCCUAGCACUGCUGGUCUUCUCCGGGCAGCACGGACACACACAAGCUUUCCCCUCUCCCUUUCUUCUUGAUCUCAGCCACACCUGUGCAUGGGUCCUACGGCUGCCCCUGCCUUGAUCAAUAAAAACCUGCACCAGCU